ACGUGAGCAGCUCCAGCGGUCUUCGGCACUUGAUGAAGUAUGGGCAGUGCAGCUGCCUCUGCGCGACGCCUUGCAGGUAGCACCAGUGUCCGGGGUGGCGUUCUGUGCGACGAUCUUGAGUUGCAGGAACUACUCAAAGGCUGGGAGCGGCUGGGCGUCAGCUUCUCUGGGGCCAUCCUGCAAGCAGAGCAUAAAGAGACUGUCAAAGAAUAUGACAUGAAUCACGAUGCCUGGACAGCGACUGACACGAUCUUGGGGGAGAAUCAGCUGGUCAUCAAAACAACAGGUGAUGGUUUGCUCACCCUACGUCUAUGUGAGAGUGCUGGGUUCAAGUGGGAACACAUCGGCACGUACAGGCUGGGUGGAAAGGGCAAGGACGGACAGAGCAUGCUGAAAGUUGUGGAUUCAAGCACCAAGGGCUUUGCAGUUGACGACCUACGCUACGCUCUGGAACAGCUGAGAUAUGUGAAGUAUGGAAAAGCUUCAGGCUGUAUCUCCUAUCAAGAGUUUGCCUUGAGACUUUUUGAGACACUGGCAGGUCGGCCUUGCGAGGGCCAGAGAGACUUGGAUCCUCUGAAGGGCGUGGAGCAUGGGGUCAACAAGCCCAGUAAACCAGCUUCUACGAACACGGGCUGGAAUUGGCAAUCAGGUGCUUGAGUGCCUUUCGUCGCCUUCCAGCCUUGGGAUGCAUGUUGUCACAAUUGCGGCAGUCAAAGACUCCGUAAUCUGAAAAAGGUGAAGGCAGAAUGGCAAAGGCUCAAAAUGAUUUGCCAUU